GACUUUGGCAUCGACCACGACGGUAACACCCCAGGAUUCAAUUAAUUGAUAAGAGCACAGAUAACAGCAAGCUUUGUUGGAACCAAGGCCAUAUAAGUUGUUGGAACUACUGUUAGAAAAUGGCCGAAGAAGUGCAAGAUGUUUUAUACCCCAAACUUUGUGAUGAAUCUCUGUCAACAUAUGAGAUGUCCGACCACGGAUUUGUUCGGGAAACUUAUCCAAACCUCAUGCGGUCUGUCGAAUGGAGAAGCCUAGUCAUAAAUACUGGAGCUUCUCAUGGGACUCUACAAGAUAUCAAGCUUCCUGAAUAUUCUGGAGGGUACACGUUCGAGGUGGCUGGCGCGCGGCGCACGCUGCUCUGGCGCGUCACCCACGACACCCUGCAGCUGACCGAGGAGUCCACGGACGUCCAGCUGGCCAACGCCCACCUGCGACUCCAGUUUCCCGACUCCCCCGUGCUCGAGGGGAUCAGCGCGCACCAGACGCCGACCAGCCUGGUACUGCUGGUGGCCACUGUGGCCAGUGUGCACCGGCUGCGUAUGACGCUGCCGGCCGGCGGCGAGGGCCACUGUGCGGCGGCAGCCGGCUCCCUGCUGCAGCAGCUGACCGCCCAGCAGCUGCGGCAGCCAGACAGCAUGCACGUGCUGCAGGCGCAGGCCAACGCUCCGGCGGCACACACGGCCGCGGCGGGCCUGCUGCCCUCCGGCGAGGCGGUGUUCUUCUUGGCGGGCGCGGCCGGCGGCGGCCAGGUGGUGCGCUACCUGAGCGGCGGUCCGGGCCCGCUGGCGGCCGCCCACCACCUGCAGCCGGCCUCGGUGGUGGGCCGCCUCUGGGGCCUGUUCGCCGACCCCUCGCAGCAGCGGGUCGACGCGGCGCUGGUGCUGGCGCCCGGCGAGCCGGCGGCGCCAGAGCCGGCAGUGGCGGCCGUCUGCCGCGACGGCCGGCUGCGGCUGUGGUCGGUGGCGCGGCGCACCGCACUCGCCGAGCUCGACCUGCUCGAGUUUCUGGCGGAGCGCGGCCCGGCCGGCGCGCGGCGCCACGGCCUGCGGCGGCGGCGCGGCGCCGGGCCGCCGCUGCUGGCCGCCCACCUCAGCCUGGUCGGCCAGCAGGUGUUUGUCCUGGUGCGGGCGGCCGCCACGCGCGCCGCCUGGAGCCUCCAGUACGUGGCCACCGUCUGCGCGCCCGACCAUGCGCUCAUCGACUACGCUCUGACGGAAG